AUGGAUGUCAUGAUUCAUUGUGACCUUAUUCUUGGCUACAUAGGUAAAUGCAUUCAUAAAAGGAAAAAACUAAGCUGCAAAAAUGCAUUUAGUAAGUUGGACAGUUUAAACUUUUUUGAUGUGCAAAAGCUGUUUGGAUAUGUUGGACAGUUUACUCUAGUAGCUCUAUGGUGGCUUAUCUGGCCAUUAUCUGCCUUAGGAAUUGAACCUAAGUUUACAAUUCCUCAUUCUGCUAGAGUGGAUGAAGUGGUUCUUGCCAAUGGAUUCAUUGGAAGCGUUCUCUCAGACUAUUUCUGGGCACUCUGUGUUGUAUGGACAACUCCCCUUGUGGCCACUUUGGGCAUGUUACUCACCAUUCCUCUUGCUAUGUUGGCUGACAUGUUGAUCCACGGUCGGCAUUAUUCAGCAUUAUACAUUCUUGGCUCAGUUCAGGUAUUUGCAGGCUUUGUGAUAGCUAAUAUUUCAGAUUGGAUGACAAAGAAGUUGGGAUUAUAACAUAUGGUUUUCUAGAUUAAUUUGUUGAGGGGUGCCAUUGAUCCCAAGCGUCACUACAAAGAAGGGUGAUUCAAAAUCAAAGACACUUCCCAAGUAUUUCCAGAUGGGAACAGUUGUAGAUUCUCCAUUGGACUUCUUCUCAGGAAGACUAACAAAGAAGGAGAGGAGAGCAUCAUUAGUAGAUGAGCUGCUUGCUGAUCAAAACCUUGUAGCCUAUAGGUAAGAUAGGCAGUGAAGUAUAUAAUUGUCUGCUUAAAUAGACAAUAUCCUAGUUAUCUGUAAAACCUAUUGAUGCUUCAGAAAAUGUUUAUUUUAUGGCUGAGUUGAUAUCCUGUGUUUAGAAAAUGUUGAUCUUUUUUGUUUGGAAGACUCAAAUGGGGAGAGGGUCCUUAUGAUUUGGAGACUCAAGGCACAUUUCUAUUGCAAAAACUCAUUUAUGGGAGUUUUUUUUUUUGCUGUCAUGAAAUUACUGUCCAUAUGCUUGCUAUAAGAACAGAGGUUUUGUUUA